AAAGAGACAGCAGCCGAGUGUUACUGAAGUCUUAACAUUAGCUCCUUUUCUUUUUUUUUUUAGUCAGAAAUUAUCACUCCAUUCGCCCUUUUUCUUAAAUGAGAUGGCUGCACUUUUCCUUUAAGACUUGCUCCUAAUUACGAGCUCCGGCGGUUCGCUUGAUUAAGAGAGAAGGGGGGGCGGCGUGAAUGGCGGGGUUUAAUCUAACCUCGCGUCGAGAAAGUAAAGUGUGUUUCUGAGAGGUUAAGUUGGGGAGGAAAAGUGAAUUAACAGUGUUUUUUUUGUCUUUAUUUAACCCCCUCUGGAUGCUGUUAUCAUGACGCCCGACCUCUUGAACUUCAAAAAGGGAUGGAUGUCGAAACUGGACGAGUGUGGUGAGUGGAAGAAGCAUUGGUUCGUUCUGACCGAUGCAGGACUGAAGUAUUACAGAGAUUCGAGCGCAGAAGAGAAAGAUGACUUGGAUGGAGAGAUUGACCUAAAAUCCUGCGUGAAGGUGUCUGAGUUUGAUGUGGAGAAGAACUAUGGGUUUCAGAUACAGACGCGAGAGGCCGUGUUCACACUUUCCGCCAUGACGGCCGGGAUCAGGCGGAACUGGAUCGAGGUUUUAAAGAAGUGCAUCCGGCCCAGCAGCUCUCCAGACCUCACACAAUUGCCCGACAGCAGCAGCGACAAGGAGAACUCCCACGGUCGAGCCGCGCCGUCGUCCCGCCGGCCGUCGUCGCGUCACGGCGACGCCCCGUCGGAGGCCCCGGCCUCCGCCCCGCCCACCCAGCGCAGGUUUGACUACGUCGAGCUGUCCCCCGUCCCCGCCUCCUCCACCCCUCUCCCGGCCGGCCAGAGGGAGGCGGAGGAGGAGAGGAGCACCAGCAGCCAGUGGGAGGCCGUUCUGUCCAGGAAGGCCGCGGGCUCCAACCAGAGGCUGCGCAUGGAGGACGAAAUCGAGAGGAAGUGGGCCGAGUUCGAGCGGUUGCCGCUGAAGGGGAUGAGCGGCGUGCGGCCGACGGGAUCGCGGUCGUCCAGCCAGUCAGCCAAUGAGGCGCUGCAGAGGGAGGUGGCGUCACUGAGGCAACAGCUGGAGCAACUACAACAGGGAGGAGGUGGAGGAGGAGGAGGAGGAGGUGGAGGAGGUGGUGUUCAUGGCGGCUGUGGACCUGGGGCCCCCUGCAGCCGCAGCCUGUCGGCCAUGGAGCGCGCUCAUCGACAGGCGAUGGAGGAGCUUCAGAGGCAGCACAACCGCCAGAUAAAGGAGCUGGAGAGGGAGAAGGACCGGCUGCUGCUGGAGGAGACCCAGGACACGGCAAGAGUGAUGGAGGCUUUGAAGAAGAAACACCAAGAGGAACUGGAUCGAGAGGUGGAGAAAGUCAAGCGGCUGAGCAGCGGAGUGAUGGACUCGCACACUCUACGAGCGCAACAACAGGCAGAGACUCGGGCCUUGCAGAGGGAGCUGGCCGGGCUCUCGGACCAGUACUCUCAGAAGUGUCUGGAGCUGAACCGAGCCGAGCAGAGCAACGCCGAGAGAGAGCGAGAAAUCAGCCGCAAGGAGCGAGACAUGGAGCAGCUGAGGAAAGAGAACCAGGACUUAAAGACGCGCUUGAAGGAGGAAGCCGUCCGUCUACGAUCUACCAUCACAGAUCACGGCUCAGAGGACGACAGAGACAAAGACAAAGACAGGACGCCCUGCGAGCUGGAGGUUCUUUUGAGGAUGAAAGACAACGAGAUCGAGUACUUGCACAAAGAGAUCAGCUGUUUGAGGAACGAGCUCCAGCUUCUGAACACGGAGGAGAAACUGGCCCGCGACCGGUUCACAGAGAUGCGCGAGGAGCUGAGUGGGAUGAAAGGCCGAAGCGAGCGUGAGAUUCAGAGUCUGAAGGAGCACUUGAGGUUGGCCAUGGCUGCUCUGCAGGAGGGACAAGCUCUGGGCAACAGCCUGGACCACUGAGAGACACCGAGACCAACAGGAGACGGGCUUCAGCCUUUCUGCCAAUGAGCAGCCUGACGUCGCCAUUAGCUGGUUUCAUUACACUGGGCCACACAUGACUUAUAUAUAUGUAUAUAUGUAUAUGUACAUAUAUAUAUAUACAUAUAUAAAACUGCACUUUUUAAUUUUUAAUUUUAGCUUGUGCGCAUUUGGUCUGAAAACUGGAAUUUAUUAUUGUUGUUAUUAUUAUUAUUAUUAUUUUUUUUUUAGAUAAAAACGGUAUCAGCUGUUUUUUUAGUCGAAUAAAUCCUCACUGCCUCCGUGUUUGAGAGCUACUGUCGUUUCCGUUUUUCCGCUGUACAGCUUCUAGAGUCAUGUUUACUUUUAUGACAGUGGCCGCACAUUUCUUAAGAAAUGGGAGCUGUAAUUAUUAUUAUUAUUGUUUUUUACCUUUUGUGCUUAUGUUGUAUUUGUAAAUACAAAAAAUAUAUAUAUAUAUACAUAUACACAUAAAUAUAUAUAUUUGGGAUGGAAACAGGACAAGACGGCAACAAUUCAAAUUCCUGAACUCUGAAUUGGAAAUUCAUCCAUGAUCGUAUGGAAGCAAAUUCAGGCUGGUUCAAGCUGUUGAAUGAAUGUUGUCCCACACCACAGUGUCUUUAUUUGUUAAGCCAAGGCUGAGGAGUCUCAAGCUUCCAGUCUCGCCUGAUCAUUACUGGUGUUUCACCAAAGGUGCCGCCGCCACAACAAAUGACAGGUGUUGCAUUGAUGAGCCAAUUUUUUUUUUUUUUUUUUUUAUAUUGACCGUGUGUAUUGUGUUAAAAUGACUUAUCUACCUACCUUUUAAAAACAUUUCUGUAUUUAAUGUACUGUAGAGCCUGUACCAUUUUUUUUUGUAAAUUAUAAAAUUUUUUGCAAUCAAUAAAAAGUUUGGCAGAAAUA